GCAUUCCCGAAAUAAAGCCACCGCCGCCCACUCCUUUCACGGCCGUCCACUCCACUCCUUCCACGGACCUCUUUCCCUUCCUUCUCCCAUCCUCCCCUUCUCAGACCUAACACCUAGCAUCUCACACUGUGGUAUUCAAAGAAUAACUAGUAAAAUCUGGGACUUGAGCUCUUUUUGGUGAUGAUAAGUGAGAAAACGGGCCUCUCUGAGCCCGUGUUUUUGUGCUUUUGUUUUUUUUUUUUGUUUCGGGCUGGCGUGUUUGGGUCUUCAUGUCCAUGGUCACUAAGGGGAGCCCUGACAGCCAUGGUGGGUAGGACCUGACUUCCUGGCUUUGCUCUGCCGUGUGCUCCUUCCGUGAUACAUUUCCUUAUCCCAGAAGCAAAAGCAGAAGGCCAGCAGAUCAGGGGCUGAAAUCUUCAAAUAAAACUGUAAGCCAAAAUGGUCUCACUGUGUAGCCCAGGCUGGCUGUGAUCUCACACCAGUUGUCCUGCGUCAGCCUCCUAAGUGCUGGGAUCCCACGCAUGCACCACUAUACCCAGUUUCAAAGAAAACCUUUAAAUUGCUCAGGUGUUUGUUACAGUGACAGAAGGCAGACAAACAGCAGCAUCCACCGUCAGCAAAUACUAACUUUUUAUUCGAUAGGAAGUGUCUCAGCUCUUUGAAACCCAGCUCCCUCCCAUACUAGAGCACCUAUGGCUCGAGCCCCCACUAGGCGAUGACUGUGGAUUACUCCUCUCAGUCACUGUGAAAAGCAUCUGGUCACAGAACUUCUGAAAAGUCACUGGACCCGAGAAAGGAGCCAGGUGCAAACUGGGACCCAGGCACUCUGGAAGGUGAGGCAGGAGGAUCAAAAGUUUGGCCCAGCCUGGCCAACUUAAUGAUGACUUAGUGAGAACCUGUGUCAGAAGUUUUUAAAAAUGGCUGUGUGCAAUGUGGCUCCCUGGAUUCAAUCACUAGUGCCACAAAAAAAUUUUAAAGAAGAAAAAAAUAGCAAAAGAAGAGAAUGCAGCCUGCUGGUAUGUGUAUGCUGAUAGGAACGGCAUAUCAGAAGGUGUGGGUCCAGGGCAGCAGGCACCCAGGCCUCCAGGUCCUGGGCCUGUCUGUCACUCAUCAAGGACGCAUGGGGCCAGGCACUCAGGUCUAGUUCUGGGAACUACAGCCGUGAGGAAAAUGGACAAAUCACUUUCUCAUGAAACUUGCAUUCCACGAAGGGAAGAUGGUGUGUGGACACAUGAAUCCAUAGUAUGUCGCAAUGGUGAAUGUGGUGGAGUUUUUUUGUUUUGUUUUGUUUUUUAAAUGCCAGGUAGUAGAUGUGAAAUGAGGGACCGUGGGAGGUCAGGAGAGCCCUCGCCACACAGGUAACAUUGAGGGAGAUAUGUGGAGUAAAGGAGCCACACAGCUAAGUCAACGCAUUUUACUUUUCUCCUUAUGGUUCUGGGGACCAAACUGAGUACUCCAGCCUACACUGCAUGGCCCGCCCUGACUCCUUUUGGAAGAAAUGCUGUGCACUUCGAUCGAUGCCCACCCAGGACCAGAGCAAGCACACGGAGACCAGCAGGACGCUUCCUGUGAUGCACGUGGCUCCUGGGCCACACAGCAGUGGAGGAGGCGAGAGGGGCCGGGGCCUGGCAUGCCUUGCAGGCAGACAGCAGGACUUGCUGGAGGACCUGAGCGAGCAGGGUCCAGGAUGUGUGUGUUGUCGCUGGCCUGAGUCACCAGCAGGCUGCAUUGCCAUUCUGAAGUCAGGAAUUGCAUCCUGGACAUGUUGAUGACUGGGACUCAUCUAGGAUGGCUGUUUUUCUUCUAAAGAGAUUAACACUGCAAACCAUAAGAACUGAAAAUAAUUGCAUUAGAUGUUUUAAUAAGCACACGGUGCGAAAGACGCCGCUGUCCCCAACCGCUUCAGCCUGGAGGCCGCCCUCUCUGGUUCACGCACAGUGCCUUAGCACCGAUGAAGGUGCCCAGGAUGACAGGAAAAAGAAAGCAAGCAAGACUUUGACCAACACUGGAAGGAAGAUUCACGCACGCAUUAUCCGAGUCUUCAGCGAGGAGGGCACUGAUCUGGGGCCCAUGCACCGGGCGGACACCAUCCGCCUCAUGGAGGAGCGGGCGCUGAGGCUGGUGCAGAGGGACGCGGACGCGGAGCCCCCGGAGUACCAGCUCAUGACGGGCGCGCAGAUCCACCAGGAGCGCCUGCGGCUCCGGGAGGAGGAAAAGGCCAAGCCCAAAUCCGGACCAACUGUGAGAAAGGAACUGACCUUUUCCUCAAAUAUUGGACAACAUGACCUGGAGACAAAGAGUAAACAGAUUCAGCAGUGGAUUGAGAAAAACUAUCAGGUUCAAAUUACCAUAAAGAAGGGGAAAAAUGCAGAUGACCCAGAACAUAAACCAGAGGAAAUAUUUGACCACAUACUUCAGACCAUGCCUGGGAUGGCCACUUUCUUGUCCAGACCACAACCUGUUAAAGGAGGAAGAGCUUGUAUGUGCAUUCUUCGUCAUCUGACCAAGAAAGAGGAGAAGACACAUGCAGACUCUCGAGCUCAGAAAAGAGACACUUUGAACAAAGGGAAUGGAGGUGGCGGGGAGUCAGAUGUGAUACACCCAUGAUUUUAAUACAGAAAAAUAGGGCAGGGAUAUAACUCAGCGCCAGUGCCUGCCUGGCCAGUGCGAGGUCCUGAGCGUGAUUCCCAGUACAAAACAAAUACAGAAAAAUAGGCUUCUGAGCUUUAAUCAGCUCACUGGUCUGUAGUCCUUCACCAAGGCCAGGUGAGCCUAGUGGAGGGCAGGCCCUGCAGCCAUGGAGCAUGCUCCGUCUCCCACGAAGCUCUCCAUCUCCGCAUCUGCAGCCGAGGGUGCGUCCUGCGCUGGCUUCCUCUUGGGAGGGAUAUACCCGCUGAGGCGGGAGGCCAGGCUCCGCUUCCCACGGGAGGGUCUUACCUUUGGGUGAGGGAGGCAGACAACCAGGACUCUAAGUCAGCUUUAUCUGUGCUUUUUACAAUAGCUGUACUGUUCUCCUUUAUAGAAAAUCGCCCUUCAGCAGAGUGGAUUCAGGAUUCAGGGUAAAGUGGUGAGAAUAUUCCAGAUAGACUGCCCCAGGCUUUACACAGCUGAGGAUUUAACAGCAAAGCAGGAUUAAGACGCUACCACUUACUUUCAGUUUCAUUUUCUUCUUGUCAGGAUCGUGGGCAACUGCAUGCCUCGUGAGACUUUGCUAGGGUGAAGGAAAAGAAGAACUGUAUGUUAGAAGGCCCCACACUGCUGCCUGUUAGCAUGAAUAAACCACAGCCUCCUUUC